GAGAAGGCCUCCGCGAUGCCUGGCUCCCCAGCCGAGGUGAAGACGCAGCCCCGGGCCACGCCCCCCAGCAUGCCGCCCCCGCCGCCCGCCGCGUCCCAGGGGGCCACGCGACAGCCCCCCUUCACACCCCACACAAAUCGAGAGGACGGGCCUGCGAUGUCUCUGCCCCACGGCCGUUUUCAUGGCUGCUUAAAAUGGUCUAUGGUCUGUCUUUUGAUGAACGGCAGCAGCCCCUCGCCCACAGCCGUCAGUGGCACCCCGUCCACGCCCAGCGGCUUCAGCAAUGGCCCAGCCACCUCGUGCACCGCCGCGCUGUCCACACAGCAGCUGCCCCCAGCCUGCGGGGCGCGGCAGCUCAGCAAGCUCAAGCGCUUCCUGGCCACCCUGCAGCAGUUCGGCAGCGACAUCUCCCCGGAGAUCGGGGAGCGCGUGCGCACGCUGGUGCUGGGGCUCGUGAACUCCACGCUGACCAUCGAGGAGUUCCAUUCCAAGCUCCAGGAGGCCACCAACUUCCCGCUGCGGCCGUUCGUCAUCCCCUUCCUGAAGGCUAACCUGCCCCUGCUGCAGCGGGAGCUCCUGCACUGCGCCCGCCUGGCAAAGCAGACCCCCGCCCAGUACCUGGCCCAGCACGAGCAGCUCCUGCUGGACGCCAACGCCUCUUCCCCCAGCGACGCCUCGGAGCUCCUACCGGAGGUCAACGAGAACGGCAAGAGGAGGACACCUGACAGGACCAAAGAGAACGGGUCAGACCGUGACCCUCUGCACCCGGACCACCUCAGCAAACGGCCGUGCACCCUGAGCCCCGCCCAGCGCUGCAGCCCCAGCAACGGGCUGCCCCAGCCCACGCCGCCUCUGCACUACCGCCUGGAGGACAUGGCCGUGGCCCACCACUUCCGGGACUCCUACCGCCACCUUGACCCCCGGGAGCUGCGGGAGCGCCAUCGGCAGCUGGCCGUGCACGAGUCCCGGCCUGAGGAAGUGAUUGACCACAGGCUCACGGAGCGCGAGUGGUCGGAGGAGUGGAAGCACCUCAACAACCUCCUGAACUGCAUCAUGGACAUGGCCGAGAAGACGCGGCGGUCGCUCACCGUGCUGCGCCGCUGCCAGGAGGCCGACCGCGAGGAGCUCAACCACUGGAUCCGGCGCUACAGUGACGCCGCCGAGGACAGCAAGAAGGGCCCCGCGCCCGCCUCCCGGCCCCUCGGCAGCUCCGCGGGCGCUGAGGCCUCUCAGCUAGAUGUCCACCGGGAGUCUGUGCCUCGGACCCUGUCCAGCUACAUGCCCGAGGAGAUCUGGAGAAAAGCUGAGGAAGCAGUGAACGAGGUGAAGCGGCAGGCAAUGUCAGAGCUGCAGAAAGCUGUGUCUGACGCGGAGCGCAAGGCCCACGAGCUCAUCAGCAUGGAGCGAGCCAAGAUGGAGCGGGCCCUGGCCGAGGCGCGGCGGCAGGCCUCCGAGGACGCCCUCACCGUGGUCAACCAGCAGGAGGACUCCAGCGAGAGCUGCUGGAACUGCGGGCGCAAGGCCAGCGAGACGUGCAGCGGCUGCAACGCGGCCCGCUACUGCGGCUCCUUCUGCCAGCACAAGGACUGGGAGAAGCACCACCAUGUGUGCGGCCAGAGCCUGCAGGGCCCCUCGGCCGCAGCGGUCGAGCCAGUGCCCGGACAGCCUGAUGCCACCCCAGGCCUGGGCCCCUGCCUGCCCCCGGCCGCCGUCAGCCCCAGCGAGGCGGGCUCCACGGGGCCCUCCCGCCCCGGCUCCCCCGGCCCGCCCGGCCCGCUGGAUGCCGCGCCCCGCUGACCCGCCAG